AUGGCGGGCAGACGUGGAGGUAGUGUGAGUUCGGCAGAAGCCUCACUCCUUGCGGCUGGAACAGGGGGCGUCGAAGAGCUUUGCGAGCACUUGGCGGACGACACGGUCGCCUGGGCACUUCUACGUUGGGAAGUGGGCUCGGGUACCUUUGUGCGGUCGAAGCUGGUGGCUAUCCACUUCAAUGGAGAAGAGGUUCCCGCCGUGCGCCGUGGUCGCCUCAACGCCCGUAGCGGAGAGGUCUUGGCUAUGCUGGGCGAGGCACAUGCUACCCUGGAGGUGAAACGCAAAGAGGACCUUCACCUGGAUUUUAUGUGUGAGCGGCUGAUGAAGGUUCUCACUGCAGAUGUCAUGGAGAAGUCCAUGUCUGCCGAGGCUUUGCGGAAAGACUACGAAGCCCUUAUUGCCGAGCGCAAGCUGAGGAAGGCAACAAGCCAAAAGAGCGUAGGCCCAAGAACAGCAAAGGAGAACCAGAAGCAGAUCUCCGUAGACCGUGCACUUGCUGCAGUUGGUGAUGCGACCGGGCCAUAUAACUGGGUUCUUUUGGAACCGGAGAAGUUUGAGCUCCACAAUGCGGGCUAUGGCGGCCUCUUGGAGAUGAAGGUCUGGCUGGCCGAAGACUUGGUCCUUUUUGGCGUGAUCCGUUUCACCUUUGGCCGCGAGACUGCCAGUUCUGUGGAGGGCAUGACGGCUUCGCCAAAGGUUGUGAAGCGUGGAAAAUGGAAUGCAAAGCAGCAGCAAGCGGAUGCGCAGGUCCGCGCAAUCUGCAGCAUCACUUUCCGCCGUGAGGCACAUAGUUUGGAUGACUUGGACCUUGCAGACUUGAUCUCCGAGCUUUGGCGCUUGGCUGUGGUGGAUGGUGCAAUCACUGAUGCGGGGAAAAGCCAGAUCUCGGUGGAGGAGUACAUGGCUUCUCUAGCCUUGGAACAGCAGAAGCAGCUGGAAGCAGAGCUGGAGGAGUUUGGCAGUGACAGCGCCUCGCGGAUGUGUACCGACUUACAUACCUGCGUUGACUCCGUACGAGAAGCGGGUGGAGAGAUGAAUUGGGUGCUGCUGGGUAUGCAGAAACGAGAAGCUCCAGCGCAGGACCUAAGUGUAGCUAGAAACUGA